CGCGACGAGGAAGCGCCGCCGUGUGAGGUCACUUCCUGCGUGCUGGGUGGCUUCCUGCGCCGCUUCCACGCUCGCUCUCUUUUUGCUGCCAGACCGCCGCCAUCAUGGGUCGCAUGCACGCUCCCGGGAAGGGCCUGUCCCAGUCGGCCCUGCCCUAUCGCCGCAGCGUCCCCACGUGGCUGAAGUUUACGUCUGACGACGGGGAGGCGCAGAUUUACCACAAACUGGCCAAGAAGGGUCUGACUCCGUCACAGAUCGGUGUGAUCCUGAGGGACUCACAUGGUGUUGCACAAGUACGUUUUGUGACGGGCAAUAAAAUCUUGAGAAUCCUUAAGUCCAAAGGACUUGCUCCUGAUCUCCCUGAGGAUCUCUACCAUUUAAUUAAGAAAGCCGUUGCUGUUCGCAAGCAUCUGGAGAGGAACAGAAAGGAUAAAGAUGCCAAAUUCCGACUGAUUCUGAUUGAGAGCAGAAUUCACCGAUUGGCUCGCUAUUAUAAGACCAAGCGAGUCCUCCCCCCCAAUUGGAAAUAUGAGUCAUCCACAGCCUCUGCCCUGGUUGCAUAAAUUUGUGCAUUCAAGGAAUAAAAUCAUCGUUUAGCUAAAUGCA